AUGAGUCAUCUCGCAUUGCUAAUGGACGAUUUAAACCCAAGAAAAGCACUUUCCGAAGCAGGCGUCAAGGUCACCGUAGCCUGCCGCACUUUAAGUGCCGCCCAUGCCCUCACUGCAAACUACAAGUCUACCACAGCUAUCGCUCUCGAUGUAGUCAAUGAGCCGGAGAACCUCUACGCGGCCAUCUCCCAGACAGAUAUCGUCAUCUCCCUCAUCCCCUACGUUCACCACGCCCUCAUUGUCUCAGCCGCCAUCAAAUAUAAAAAACCAGUCGUGAAAACGAGCUACAUCUCGCCCGCCCUCCGGGCACUCGAAGACCAAGCCAAGGCCGCAGGGAUAACAGUCCUCAACGAGAUCGGUCUCGACCCUGGCAUCGACCAUCUUUACGCCGUAAAGACUAAAAUAGAAGUGAAAAGGUCUCCAAUGCCAUGUAUAUAUCUCUACAUGCUAUUGAAUCAAACUUCCAAAAAGGCCAACAAAAGAAAAACCAACAUGCGCAUUUCAUCGUCUAUCAUCACGGCUAUUUCGUAG